AUGGCCUCACAAGGUGUUAACGUUCUGCGCUAUUCGGCUCUCGUUGCCGGUCUCAUUUAUGGCGUCUACCACCAGAACUCGAUCACAGCUCAAGCCAAGCAAGCAGAGGCCGACCGUGAAUAUGCUCGAAAGGAACGCUUGAUUCAGCAGGCCAAGGCGGAGUGGAAGAAGAAGACGGCACCCAAGGACACCAAGACAGACAGUGGGGUCAUUACGGAUCCCGAAGACAGCCGGUUCGAUCUGGAGGCCUUCCUGAAGAUGAAGGCCGGGGAGCAAUAG